AUUCACCACUUGAAGAUUGGGUGAAAUUUAUCCUAGGUAAAUGUGAAAAUCCAAUUUGAAUGGCCAGUCCCAGAAACAGUCGGUAAGUUUGCUUUUGGUUUAUUUUUACCUCCACAUUUCGGCGGUAGAAGAAUCCCAGUUCACGUCAAAGAAGCGACCGCCAUUUGUAUACCUGUGAGCGAGCGGCCGAUUGAUUUACCUGCUGGGGGAUAGAAAUACCUUGCGUCUCGAUUCUGCUGAGCCAGUUAAUCGCAAACAUUCCACGAAGUUCAUUUCUGGGCUUCUUUGUCGCACAGUGGAGAGCAUUUUAGUUAGGAAAUCAACUAGAGUAGAGUACUAUUAGCAACUAUGGCCGAUCAGGAUCAAGAAAUGCACGACCAGCAGCAGCAUCAGUUCGAAAAUGGAAACGGGCAUGUGGAGGAGACCCAAAGCGGCGAAGGAGCUGGUAACGCGGCGGCGGAAGCAAGCCAUGAUGAUGGCGGAGCAGCAGCAGCAACUCCCGUGGCGCGUGAUGACGAUCGGAAACUGUUCGUGGGAGGACUGAGCUGGGAUACCACCGAGAAGGAUUUGCGGGACCAUUUCAGCCAAUAUGGUGAAAUCGACAGUAUUAAUGUGAAGACUGAUCCGAACACCGGAAGGUCCCGGGGAUUUGCGUUUGUGGUCUUCAAAACGCUGGAAUCUGUCGAGCAGGUCAUUGCCAUUGGUGAGCAUACGAUUAAGAACAAGAAGGUAGAGCCGAAGAAGGCGAAAGCCAAGCAGGGGAAGAUUUUCGUCGGAGGGCUGAGUUCCGAGGUUAGUGAUGCGGAAAUAAGAGAAUUUUUCCAAAAGUUUGGAGCUAUUGCCGAUAUUGAACUGCCGUUCGAUAAGAAACGGAACCAGCGAAAGGGAUUCUGUUUCAUAACCUAUGAAUCGGAACAAGUGGUUAAUGAGCUGCUGAAGAACCCCAAACAGAUCAUCGGCGGCAAGGAAGUCGAUGUGAAGCGAGCGACUCCCAAGCCUGAAGGUAUGCAAUUCGGUGGUGGAUUCCGUGGCCCUCCGGGAGUUCGAGGAGCACGCAAUGGACGACCGGGUCCGGGAGGUCCCAAGGCAAACUACGGCCAAGGGUGGGGUGGUUCGGCCAAUUACGGUGGAUACUCGAACUACGGAGGAGGUUAUCCCGGAGGAUACGGAGGCUAUGGAGGAUACGAUAAUUAUGGUGGAGGAUUUGGAGGAUAUGCCAACUAUGGGGGAUACGGAGCAGGAGGUGGCUAUGGAGCUCAGGGAGGAUACGGCUACGGACAGGGAGGCGGACAUCAAGAGAACGGACGAUCAAAUAACCGACACUGAUGUUCAGAGACCCCUCGCUAUACGACCUUUGCCAAUGAUUGUUCCCCAAAGUGAUUCAAGGUGCAAUAAUUCUAUCCUUACGCCUGAGAUGUACAAAAAUAAAUGUUAUGGUUAUCUCAAA